AUGUCUUUGCUGGAUGGAAUUGUUACGAGCUCAGGGAGUGAAGACGAUGACAUUGUGCAUAGUUCGGAUGACGAAGUGCGGAAUCAGAGGCAUCUAUUUGUAAAUGAAGAGACAUCCAGCGUUGUAGGUACUGAUGAGGGCAAAGUGAGGUUUCAGACCUUCAAUGCCGGUGGCGACUCUAGUUCAAGCGAUGAAGAUCAGGAAGAGAAUCCCUGGCAGUUUCCCAAAUUGAUAAGGCGGGAAAUGAAGAAUAGGCUGCCAAACAACUAUAACUUAAAGAGGUGGAGAAAACCGUCUCGCAUUUUGGUAGACUCAGUUAUGCAACUCUUGGAAACGAAUAGCGCCAAUAGUGUUGAUAUAGUAUUUGAGAAGUACGAUGAUGAACUAAUGAGACUACUUAGAGGUAAGAGACAAGAAAUAGAACUAAUCAAAGAGGACAAAGAGAAGAUGCUUGGUGACAUUUUGCAAAGGAUAGAGAAGAAACUGCGGUUUUCCAAGUUUCCAUCUCGUCUUACAGAGAAUGACUUGAAUAUCGAAUAUAUUUAUGAGAAGCGUAGGUUUCUCCAGGAGAGAUAUGUCCAAGAGCUUCGGAAAGCAGAAAUAUUAGAGCAAGAAAUUGCAAAGGAGAGGAAACUACUGCAAGAUGCUAAAGAACUAACCGAAAAUAUCCAACAAACUAACGAUAAACGUCUUACAGAUAAACUAGUAAGAAACGAAAUACACCCAGUGAUGCUACAAUCCAUUAGUGAUAGUCUGGAUAGUGCAACACAAAAGAUAGCUUACCGGAGAGAUGUUAUUGAAUUGAAUUUGGAAAACUCCCAUCAAAUACAUCAAACAACACACUCAAUCAGACGACCUAUUGCGCAGUUAAUAGAUGAGACAAACCAACUAACCUCAGUGUUUAAUGACCAAAAUCGACUUCAUAAGCUUGAAAAGAUGAUUUUGUAA